AAGCUUGCUUUGACAUUUACAUGUACGGCAAACGAAUGCGGACAUCGAUCAACCCAUCAAUUUACAAAACGAAGUUAUGAAAAAGGAAUUGUUUUAGUUCAAUGUCCUUCGUGUAAAAAUCGUCAUUUGAUUGCAGAUCAUCUUGGUUGGUUUACGGAUACGAAAGAUGAGCCUAAAACUGUCGAGCAAAUCGUUGCUGCUCAUGGUGGAAGGGUACGU